UCCAGUAUUCGGCCAUAGAAUGAGUAACCUAGUAAUGAAAGAGAAAGCAUAUCACAUCAUUUUUCCAGUUAACCAGGAGCAAUUUCUCAAGUGUUUUCCUUAAAGGCCAAAACACACCCUUUUCCAAGUAACAUGGUAAUAAAAAUUACACUCUCUCAAAGAGGAAAAGAGUUGACUAAGACCAGGGCAUUAUUCAUAAAAAGUUGUGUAGAACCAUCCUAGAUUCAGAGAAUGAACAUAUGCACAAAAAAAAGUUUCCAGAAUGUGGGUGUAUCCACGACUCAAGGCUCCUGGGUGUGUUUAGCAGCCGUACAUCCAGCCCUCUCUGUAGCUUUAUUUAAGACAAGCACUUCUACACGAGAGCUGCUCUUCAGACCCAGCACUGCAGACUACAGCUGUCCAAGUUCAUCCACGAUGAAAGGCAUUAUUCCCAAGAGCAAAACCAAAGGCACUGACUUCUGUGGAGUGAACAACUACUAUUAUAUAAUCCGCUCUGAUCUGGGCUGCUAUAUGCAGUCGAGUAAUUUCAAUAAAGGUUUAGACAUCACUAUUUUCGGUCUGCACCCUGCCUGCCAAAACGGAGACCAUUACCUCGGUCACAAUAAAGGCUACUUCUACAUCAUCAAGGGUAACUCUUACCGUAGAGUCACCGAUCUGUCGACGGACAGCGGUGCUGUAGUUUACAGCCUUCAUCCCAACUGUCAGGGUGGAGACCACUACCUCUCAGCCUUUGGCAAGUUUUACAUCAUCUUCCAAGAGAAGGGCACUUACCGGAGAACAACCAACAUGAAUCACGACUGGGAAGCUGUAGAAUUACUGGGGCCUGCCAGACCACUACUACUUCCUCAAACCCGUCUCAGAUUGGGGAGUCGAGUACUACAAAGGGACCAACUUCAACAAAGACGACUGCACUGCUGUCUACUCGGUUCAUCCCGACGUUCUUAACUUCCUGCCUGGAGGGCUGUCUGUAACUAAAGGCCCAGCAUUUGGCGUUUGGGAGAAUAUUAAAACCAUAACUAAUGACAGCAAAUCACCUGUGACCUGGCAGAAGAAAAUUAAUAAAAAGGUUGGCUACAAUAAGGAGAAGAUGUCCCAAAUCACGCACACCUGGAAUAUCGCCACGUCCGCCUCUGUUGAAUCCGGAGCCCUUUCCGGGUUAAUUGCGAAGUUGCAGUUCUCCUUUUCUGCAGAAUAUGGAGGUUCGCACGUCAGCACUGAAAACGAGAGCUGGGACGAAGCGACCGAAGUAGAAGAACAUCUCACAGUCGAGCUGAAGCCACAUGAGAGUUUAUAUCUGUGGCAGUACAAACUGGGUCUUGGACAAGAACCGGUGUUGUUCUGCCGUGAUUUAAAGAUUUACGAUGAGCCAAAUCCUCCAUCUGAAGUCCCGCUGCCACGCGCGCAAUCAUGAACAAUUAUCAACAGUUUUACUCCAAGAGUAAUUGAAUAAGGCAUAGAAUUAAGGCAGUGAUUAAAUACACAUAUCUAAAUGGUUAAUUCCUACAACAUUUGGCUUUUUGGAUGUUUUUUAAAAGGAAAAAAAUGGGUGAAAAGUUGCUGAAGAUUGACCAGUCAAAAACAUUGCAUUCUUCACUCAUCAUGCAUAAAUGCCAUUUGGAUUUUACUUUCAAUAUGUUAAAUAAAGCUGGCAUACUGCUUUUAAAG